AUGGCAACCUUUACCAAGAUUGAAGAGAGCGAAACGCCCUCCAUCACUAUUCAUCCUUCCCACAAGAUUGCUAAGAUCAACGACAACAUCUAUGGAGGAUUUACCGAGCACAUGGGCCGCUGCAUCUACGGCGGCAUAUAUGACCCCGGCAAUUCUUUGUCAGAUGAGCGAGGCUUUCGCAAAGACGUCAUUGAAGCCUUUAAGGAACUCAAUGUGCCAGUAGUACGGUAUCCAGGCGGCAAUUUUGUGGCCACUUACCAUUGGCUUGAUGGUGUUGGACCUAAGGAGAAUAGGCCAAAGAGGCCUGAGCUUGCAUGGAUUGGCAUCGAGCCCAACACAUUCGGCACAGAUGAGUUUAUGCAGUGGUGUGAGGAAGUCGGCACAGAACCUUACCUUUGCCUUAACUUUGGAACUGGCACCUUAGACGAAGCACUUGGAUGGCUUGAGUACUGCAACUCGGACCGUGACACAUACUAUGCCAACCUUCGUCGGAAGAAUGGCCGCGAGAAGCCUUACAACGUCAAGUACUGGGCUCUCGGUAAUGAAUGCUGGGGCCCGUGGCAAGUCGAGCAGAUGACCAAAGAAGACUACGCCAAAAAGGCGUACCAGUGGGCCAAAGCUCUCAAGCUACUCGACCCUUCCAUCACCACCAUUCUUUGUGGUGAAACCGGAUACUCUUCUUGGGACUACUAUGUCCUCAACCAGUGCGUCAAAUGGGAUGUUCACGGUCUCAGUGGCGAUACUACUAAGUCGCUGAUCGACAUGCACUCCAUCCAUAUCUACACUGCCGACAAAGAACAUCUUCCCAAUGCGACAGCGCCUCGUGCGGCUGAACGGGCAGUACAAAUGACAGCAAGCUUGAUUGACCUUGCGCGCAUUGAGAACAAAGUUCCGGAGACAGUACCCAGGCAAACUAUCUGCUUUGAUGAGUGGAACGUUUGGGAUCCCGUCCGCGCCCCUGGUGAGCUUGGUGCUGAAGAGAAGUAUACACUUUCCGAUGCUCUCGCCGUGGCCAACUUCCUCAACGGUUUCAUCCGCCAAGCAAAGGAUAUGGGAAUGGCAACCGUUGCACAAAGUGUUAAUGUCAUCUCUCCAUUGAUGACAACCAAGGAAGGUCUUGUCAAGCAGACUUCUUGGUGGCCGUUGCUCCUCUUCUCCAAGUACAUGCGCGGCCAUACCAUUGCGCUCAAUGUUCGUGCCCCAGAAUAUACUGGCCGCACGAACCCCAGCUGGAUCCGCAACACCAUCGAGACGCCCUACCUGGAUUGCAGCGCCACGCUCAGCGACGAUGGUUUCAUCAACCUUGCUGUUACCAAUGUCAACGAGAAGCUGGACUUUGAGGUUGACAUCCCUGGCCUGAAGGCCGACAAGGUCGAAGUGCACACUGUCACUGGUGACAACGUUGACGUGGUCAACACUGAAGGUGUGCAAAAUGUUGGUAUCAAGGAGAGUAGCUGGGAUGGACAAGGCAAGUUCAAGUUUGGCAAACACUCUUUCACUCUGCUGAGGUGGAAGGCCUAA